GGGGCGGGGCCGGGAGAUGCGGGGGCGGGGCCUCGCCCGGACUCUCAGUGGGUCUGUCCCGCGGUGACGGCGGCGGCGGCUGUGGCUGGAGCCGGGCCGGGCUAAGACCGGGGACGCGGGCGGCGCAGUCGAGGCGAGCCGGAGCCCCGGGGAGCGUGGUCUGCUGCAUGUGAUGAAUUUAUCCACUCUCAGGGAAAGCUCCCCCAUGGCUUCCCGGCCCCCCCAGGAGAUGGACGAGGAGCUGCUGCCGGCUGGCCCAGAGCCAGGGGACUCAAAGGCCAAACCCCCAGUCAAGCCCAAGCCUGAGCCCCGGACACUGCCUGCCAAGCCGGCUCUUCCGGCCAAGCCCAGCCUGCUGGUGCCACUGGGACCGAGACCCCCCCGAGGUCCCUUGGCAGAGCUGCCUUCUGCCAGGAAGAUGAACAUGCUGGCGGGACCGCAGCCCUAUGGCGGCAGCAAGCGCCCCUUGGCCUUUUCCCCUCGGCCAGCCCCGGAUACACCAUCCACUGGAGCUAGCCCUCAGGAGGCCAACAAGGAUGAGGGCGCCCCGGCCACCCCUCCAGCCCGAUGCUCAGCCCCCACCGGGGUCCGGAAGGCUCCUGCUCCUUUCCGCCCACCGUCAGAUCGAUUCUCCACCAACACCGUGGAAGAGAUCUUGGCCAAGAUGGACCAGCCUCGAAAAGAGGGCCCCCCCAGUCCCGAACGCCUUUGGGGCUCCCGCCUCACCUUCGGCCACGAUGGCAGCUCCCACUAUGGCCCACGAGCCUAUGGCCCAGUGCAGAGCCCCAGGCAUGAGGAGGCUUUGGCACAGAGCAUCUCCAGGGAUCUGCCCCAGGAAGAGCAGGGGCAGGAAGAAGGAGGCCAGAGUCCAGCUGGGCGAGGCCCUGCAGAGCCCCAAGAGGACCAGGCUGAAGGCGCUAGCAGCAGGCUAGAGGAGAGGUUUGUCUCCCCCGACCUGAAGUCCAAUGGGGACCUGGCAUCCAGUGGAGACCUGGCAAGCACAACAUCAUCCCAUGAAGCUUCCAGGUCUUCAGUCCAUCCACACCACGUCCCUUCUUCAGGCCCACCGAGUUCUGUGCCUCAUGAUAGCUCUCCUAGCCCUCAGAGAGCUCCAGGACCCCAGAGCCCAACCCUCCCCAGAGAGGAGCCACCUGAGCCCCAGAAAUCACUUGGCACAUCCUUCCCAUCGGGGGACGAUCCCCCCGAGAAGGCCGCCAGCCCUGCAGAGGCCCCCAGGGCCCCCACUCCAGAGCCCCCCCAGGUCACCUCUCCCCAGACCCCACCUCCAGGGGGCCAGUUUUCGGAGCACUUUCGUACAUUCCCCCUGGAGAAGAAGGAGGAGGAGGGCGGAGAGUCAAGCCUCCGGCCCCCCCACCUGGAACAGCGCCGCUUCUCAGAAGGUGUGCUCCGGCCCCCCACCCAAGACCCGAGGAAGCUGGGGGGGUCUCUGGCCGCCUUGCCUCAGGGCCAGGGUCGGGGGGGCGGCUUGGAGCAGCCCUUUGGGAGCGGGACAGAGUCCAACUGGAGUUUGUCACAGUCCUUCGAGUGGACCUUCCCCACCCGGCCUUCGGGCCUGGGAGUGUGGCGACUCGAAUCCCCCCCCCCCUCCCCCAUCACUGAAGCUGAUGACUCUGGUCUCUCUGAGGGGGAGGGGGAAGAGGCUGAUGGGGGUAGGAGCUCCAGGCCAGCCAGGCCUGCCUCCCGGGCUCAGAGCGAGAGCUUUCACUGUGGGGUCUCCCAGAACCAACUGGGAGAUGACAGAACUCCCACUCCCUCCAAGCCCCCAUCUGAGCUUCAUCCCAAAGGCCCGGAUUCACCGAGGCCGUCGCUGCUACAGCAGGCGGAAGAGGUAGCAGGAACUGAAGAAGCACUGGCUGGACUAGAGACCCCCCUCCCUCCCACACCAGAGGAGGCAGCCUUGCCCGUCCUGGAGCCUGCUCAGGAGCAGGAGCCUCCCCUCCCCCUAGCUCAGCCUUGCAUCUUGUUUGCCGAUGCCCAUGUUCCUGAGCAGGCCACACCCUCCCAGGAAGAUGCCCCAGACCUGGCAAAAGCAGAGACCAGCCUGACCAGACCUGAGGGAGGGGAUCCCCCAAGAAUGUCACCUGAGCUGAGGGCCCCUGAAAGUGAUGCUGGCUGGCUAGACAAGCUCCUGGCCUCACCACCUCCCAGUGCCAAUGAUGCCCGGAAAGCAACUGUACCUGAGCAGUGUGAGACUCAGAUGCCCAGUGCCAGCCCUGAGGGGCUCCUGGGAUGGGCUCAGAAAGACCUGAAAAGUGAAUUUGGAAUUGGUGUAGACUCGCACACUGGCACCUUCAGCGCCUCUUCCCCCUGGGCCAGAGAGGGCACCAGAGGCUAUGGCAUUGGGUGCUCAGGUUCCAGUGAGAGGGAUUGGGUCAUUGAUGAUGGCCGUGUAGGGGCAGCACAAAGCCACCGAGAAUGGAGUCAUGCCUAUGGCAUUGGCCAGCCAGGGCUGAAAGAAGAGUUUGAUACUAGCAAUGGAGACCAGACCAAGGAGCAUAUCCUAGGAGGGGAUUUUAUGGCUCAGGAAUCUGGGAAGGCAGAUCAGCUUGGGACUUACAGUAGCCAAGCUGCUGACUUACAAGACCAAGAAUUCGGGAAGAAAGACCCAAUUGGGACUUACAGUAGCCAAACUGCUGAUUUACAAGACCGAGAAUUUGGGAAGAGAGACUCGCUUGGGACUUACAGUAGUCAAAUUGCUGAUUUACAAGACCUAGAAUUUGGGAAGAGAGACUCGCUUGGGACUUACAGUACCCAAGCUGCUGAUUUACAAGACCAGGAAUUUGGGAAGAGAGACUCACUUGGGGCUUACAGUAGCCGGGAUGCUGAUUUACAAGACCAGGAAUUUGGGAAGAGAGACUCACUUGGGGCUUACAGUAGCCGGGAUGCUGAUUUACAAGACCAGGAAUUUGGAAAGAAAGACUCACUUGGGGCUUACAGUAGCCGGGAUGCUGACUUACAAGACCAGGAAUUUGGGAAGAAAGACCCACUUGGGACUUACAGUAGCCAAGCUGCUGAUUUACAAGACCUAGAAUUUGAGAAGAGAGACUCACUUGGGACUUACAGUGGCCAGGCUGUCAAAUUACAAGACUGGGAAUUUGGGAAGAGAAAUUCACUUGGGACUUACAGUAGCCAGGAUGCUGAUUUACAGGACCAAGAGUUUGAGAAGAGAAACUGGAUGAGUGACUAUGGCGGUAGCAGCAAGAGAGAUGCAGAUUGCCUGGAAAGAACUUUUGGAGAGAGAGACCUGAGUGGUGUGUUCAAUGUGGGACACUCAGAACAGCAAGAUGAAGAGUUUGGGAAGAAAGAUCAGAGUGACAGCUAUUACUCUAGAGAGGCAAACAGGGAAGAGAUGUUGGAAAAAGAGACCGAGGGCUUAUAUGGCCCUAAUACUUCUAAUUUACAGGACCAGGAGCUUGGGGAAAGAGACUUGACCAGUUGGCCCAAAAGCAAUGACCAUAACCAUCAGGGAGAAUUUGGGAAGAAAGACCACGCUGACACUUACAGGAGCAAUGAUGCCAACCGCCAGUCCAGGGAAUUUGGGAAAAAAGACUGGCCUGCUGAAUUUGACCAACAAGACAUGAGUCAGACAGAGAGGGAAUUCAGUUUAGGGAGACGAGAUUGGACCAGUGACUUCCGAAUCGAAGGAACAGAAAAGAGCGACCAAUUUGGUAUCAUUGGAACUGAUCGAGGCAAUUGCUCAGGCCUAGGCAGUCUUAGUGGCUCAGAUACAAUGGGAAGCACCAACUUUGUGUCACCUGGGAAGAUUAUGAUGGGACAGACACAAUGGACUGAUGAUCUGGGCCUCAGGAACUUGGAUGUAUCUGGUUGUGUGGGAUCAGAAGGGUCGAGUGAGGCCCGAGAGCAUGGUGUCGGACAGACUGACUGGUCCUCUGACCUGGGCUUAAGUAUCACGAAUAUGCCCGGUGGCUUAGGGAAUGGAGGGCUUGGGCAAUGCAGGGAGCUUGGAGUAGGACAGAAAGACUGGACCCCAGAUCUUGGACUGAGAAACAUAGAUGUCUCAGGGGUCAUAGAGUCCACAGGGCCCAGUGAGGCUAGAGAGUGUGGGGUAGGACAGACAGACUGGGUUCACAGUUUUGGGAUGAGGAAUGAGGAUGCACCCAAUGAUACGAAACUUGGAGAUCUUCUGUUGUCAAGGGAGCAUGGAGUAGGACAGGCGGACUGGACAACCGACCUUAAGCUGAGCAGCACAGACCUGGGCACAGGGGGCAGCCUCAGAGAGCAUGGUGUAGGACAGAUGGACUGGCCCCAUGAUCUGGACUUGAGGAACACGAACCAAUCUAGUCCCCUGGAGUUGGGGGGUUCUGGUGAGGCACGAGAAUGUGGAGUUGGACAGAUGGAUUGGCAGAAGGACUUGGGGCUCCGGAACACCGACCUUUCAGGUAGCUUGGAUCUUGGAGGUCCAAGUAAAGCCCGAGAGCGUGGGGUUGGCCAGGUACACUGGUCUGGCGAUGUGGACCUUGCAAGCCCUCGUUUAUCCAGUGGCCUGGAGUCUGGAGAGCCUUCAGAAACUCGGGAGCUGGGAGUCGGGGAGGUGAGCCGGCCUGGCAUUGCAGAUAGCCAGUAUGGUGCCGACUCCUCACAGCCCUUGGAGGAUGGUGUGUCUGACAUGGGGAUGGACUCAAGAGAAACCGCAAACUCAGGAAGCAGCCCCAGCGGGUGCCGUGCCCGGUCUCCACCUUCUGGCUCUCAGGGCCUGUUGCAAGACAUGUUGGCCAACAGCACUCCCAGACCAUCUGGCCAAGAGAAGGCGGCCUUGGGUCCUAGGGGCUGGUUGGAAGAGGAGGAAGAAGAGGAAACGAUAGCACAUGAUGAGGAAGAGGAGGAGCCGGAGCUCAGAAGGGACCCUCUGCCUUCUUGCCGGCCCCAGCCUGAUGGCGAGGCCAGCCGGACAGAGGAGGUGGAUGGUGGCUGGGCCUCUCGGGGGGAUGGCCCAGCUGCCCCAAGGCUGCUCCCCAGCCCUCCCUCCCGGUUGUCCAGCCCGGACUUCUCCUUUAUAGAGGACACAGAGGUUCUAGACAGUGCCAUGUAUCGGAGCCGUGCCAGUUUGGGUCGCAAGCGUGGGCACCGUGCCCCUGCCAUCCGGCCUGGGGGGACCCUGGGGCUCUCAGAAGCUGACCAUGACGCCUGGAUCUUCCAGGACUCCACAGAGCCGAGGACAUCCCGGGUACCGUCUUCAGAUGACGAGGUGGUCGAGGAGCCACAGAGCCGCCGCACACGGAUGUCCCUGGGGACCAAGGGCUUGAAAGUCAAUCUGUUUCCUGGUCUGAGCCCCUCUGCUCUCAAGGCUAAGCUGCGUCCCCGAAACCGUUCAGCUGAGGAAGGGGAGCAGGCGGAGAGCAAGUCGACCCAGAAGGAACCUGCCGUCCAGCGCUCCAAGUCCUGCAAAGUUCCCGGCCUGGGGAAGCCCCUUGCGCUACCUCCCAAGCCAGAGAAAUCCUCAGGGUCCGAAGGUUCAUCCCCCAACUGGCUACAAGCAUUGAAGCUGAAAAAGAAGAGGGUCUGAGGUGCCGCUUCAGAGGUGGCUCUUCUGAAGCAGUUCAACCCUGUGAGGCCCUGGACCAGGGAGGAGGGCUGGAGCUCGGGUGGCCCGCCCCUCACUCUAGCCUCCUCCCCUGCCCCGCCCCCAGGCACAUUUAUGCACUUUGUAUCCCCGCCUCCUCCCCUGCCCCUCGGGAUGCAGUCACUUGAGUGGUCGCCGGUGUUGGCCCCUCCCUCCCUCCGGCCCUUUCCCCACCCCCCCCUUUGGGUUUUCUUUUGAUACCACUUUAUAGCAUUUUGAUAACAGCCUCGGAUUUUUUGUAAUGGGCGGUGGGCUGCCCCCUCUCUGCCCCCAGGAGCCCUGUGGAGACCAAGGACGUUUUGUCACUUGAAACAAUAAAGUUUUUUGGGGAUUGGUGA